UCUCCACCUGUCAUCAGCAGAACUCAGAAGAAAGAGGAGAGCACACACACACACACAAUGAAAUUUAAAUCAUUUGUGCCUGCGUGUUUGCUGCUGCUUUGGACACUGCCAGACACAGCAGCAGUUGAAAAGAUUGGAGUCACAACAACAUUAGACGGGAUUAAGAUGACUUGCAAGGGCGGAGGUGAAUAUUUCCCAAGUACACAGGAGCCAUCUAUGAAUCUGAUCUACAAAGAUGAGAACACAGGAGAGUACCAUUGCCUCAAAAACGAAACGAAACUCAUCACAAUCUUUGUGAAAUUUCGGACCUGUGACACCUGCAUCGAGCUGAACCCAGCUUCCAUAGCCGGCAUCGCUAUUGGAGAUGCGGUGGCAACAAUCGUGUUAGGAGUGGCUGUCUACCUUGUCGCGUCUCAGGCUGGUCCAGUCAGCCCUCACAAGAAAACUUCCAAUCGGCAGCCUCCAACUGACACGCGCAGCAGAACCCCAAACGACCCAUACCAGCGUCUGAGAUUCAAAAAUGGUGCUCGGAAGGACGAAUAUGAUGUUAUUGGCAACGUUAGAUAGAGGGAUGGCCCCCCCGCCCACAGUACGCUUUUUAAUGUGUAGCAUGUGAUGCAUUGUCGCUCAACCCUGAUGUAGUUUGCUCUUUAUGAUACUCUUUUUUUUUUUAAAUUGUGUUUAUUUUCACUGUGCUUGCUUGAUGAGCUUGUUGCAUGUCAAGUUCAGUAGCAGCCAUCAUCAUUUUUAUUUUAGCAGUAUUUUUGACCAUGUGUUAUUUUCCUUAAUUAACCAUGUUCUCUCUUCAUAUAUUGGGCUGCUACAACAGCAACAUCACAAUAAACCUUAAAAAUGUUACUGUGUUCCCGAAACUUUGCAAUAAAAUAAAUGCCUGUCUUGUC